AUGAGAGGGGCUUUAGUUCUCCUAGCUCCCCUUGUGGGCGCUGCUGUUCUGACCUCAAGAUCUGACCUUGAUGACUGCCCUGGCUAUAGGACAUCCAACAUCCAGCAAUUUGGCCAGAGGUUGACAGCCGAUCUAAGCCUUGCCGGAGAUGCCUGUAACACCUAUGGCUCGGAUCUUCCAGAUUUGAAGCUCCUUGUAGAGGAACAGAGUGAACACCGCCUCCAUGUCUUGAUCUACGAUGCCAAUGAAGAGGCAUACCAAGUUCCCGAGUCUGUCAUUCUCCGCCCAGAAUGUGAGAAAGAGCCAAAAGAAUCGCAUCUCCGCUUCGACUACGAGGAAAAUCCCUUCUCGUUCCGCGUCUUGCGCGGAGACGAAGUACUCUUCGAUACAUCUGGUACAAACCUCGUCUUCCAGUCUCAGUAUCUGUACCUCCGUACCUGGCUCCCGAAUGACCCGAAUUUAUAUGGCUUGGGUGAACAUAGCGAUUCGCUGCGUCUGCCAACGACAAAUUACACGCGCACCAUGUGGAACCGUGAUGCAUACGGGAUCCCAUCGGGUACAAGUCUCUACGGUACUCACCCUAUUUACAUUGACCACCGAAAGAACGGCACCCAUGGUGUUUUCUUCCUGAACUCCAAUGGGAUGGACAUCAAGAUCAAUAAGACUGAAGAUGGGAGGCAAUAUCUUGAUUACAACACUGUCGGAGGAGUCUUGGACUUCUACUUCUUGGCUGGUCCUACACCCAAGGACGUCAGUGUACAAUAUUCAGAGGUCGUGGGUCUUCCUGCAAUGCAGAGUUACUGGGCGUUUGGGUACCACAACUGCCGCUACGGCUAUCAAGAUGUUUUUGAGGUCGCGGAGGUGGUUUACAACUAUAGUCGCGCCGGUAUUCCCCUCGAGACCAUGUGGACUGACAUAGAUUAUAUGGACCGUCGACGUGUAUUUACCCUAGACGAAGAACGGUUCCCUCUGAAUAAGAUGCAGGAGCUUGUUUCACACCUUCACAGACAUGAUCAGCAUUUUAUUGUGAUGGUCGAUCCAGCCGUCAGUCACUCCGGUAAGAGAGGCUCUGACCGAGGUGUCUUCUUAUACCGCGACCAUGAGCAGAAUGAACUAUACCAAGGCGCUGUUUGGCCCGGUGCAACAGUCUAUCCUGACUGGUUCAAUCCAGACACACAGUUUUAUUGGAACGAAGAGUUCAAGCGGUUCUUCAGUAAGGAAAAUGGCGUCGACAUCGACGGACUCUGGAUCGACAUGAACGAAGCUUCCAAUUUCUGCCCAUAUCCAUGCCAGAAUCCAGCAGAGUAUGCCAUAGAGAACAACUUGCCUCCGCCACCUCCCCCCAUCCGAUCCCCUCCACGCCGUCUCCCCGGAUUCCCCGCUAGUUUCCAACCUGGUCACUCACCGUCUCCCUCUAUCCCUACGAAGAGAGACAACCUCGUCCAAAAAACGGGGAACAUCAAAAAGCGGACCAGCGAAAAGGCCAAGAAGAUCGGUCUGGCGGAUCGGAAUCUCAUAAAUCCUGCAUAUCAAAUUGCUAAUCUAGCCGGAUCCCUCAGCAACAAGACCAUUGACACAGAGAUCAUCCAUGCUGGCGAUGGAUACGCCGAAUACGACACGCACAAUAUCUACGGCACAAUGAUGGGCUCUGCGUCUCGCAAAGCAAUGCUCCAGCGUCGACCUCACGCACGCCCUCUCGUCAUCACCCGUAGCACAUUUGCCGGCGCCGGGGCGCAAGUCGGGCACUGGCUCGGCGACAAUGUCAGCCAAUGGGAUAAAUACCGCGUAUCGAUUGCCCAGAUGCUAGCAUUUGCUUCCAUUUUCCAGGUGCCCAUGGUAGGCACGGAUGUGUGUGGAUUCGCCGGAAAUACCACGGAGGAGCUCUGCGCGCGCUGGGCAAUGCUCGGCGGCUUUUAUCCUUUCUUCCGGAACCAUAAUGAGUUCGGCAGCGUUGCGCAGGAGUUCUAUCGCUGGCCGGUUGUUGCGCAGGCUGCGAGGAAAAUCAUCGAUAUCCGGUACCGAUUGCUGGAUUACUUGUAUACCUCCUUUCACAGGCAGACUGUGACGGGGACCCCGUUCCUCCAGCCUCUCUUCUACGUGUAUCCCGAGGAUGAGAAGACUUUUGGAAACGAAUUGCAGUUCUUCUUUGGGGAUGCGUUACUAAUUUCUCCUGUUGUUGGAGAAGGGGAGGACUUUGUUCAGGCUUAUUUCCCGGACGAUGUGUUCUAUGAUUGGUUUACGGGGGCUGUCGUGCCGGGAGGGAGUGUGACGCUCCGCAACGUUGGACUCACGGAUAUUCCGAUCCAUAUUCGGGGUGGGAGGAUCAUCCCGUUGCGGGUGACGAGUGCGGCGACGACGAGGGAGCUGCGAAAACGCGGGUUUGAGCUUUUGAUUGCGCCUGGUGCGGAUGGGCGGGCGGCAGGGGAGUUGUAUCUCGAUGAUGGGGAGUCGAUUGAGGCUCGGGCGGCGGAGAUCCGGUUUGAGUUUGCGCAGGGGAGAUUAAAGGUUCUUGGUAAGUUCGGAUAUCAUCCCACUGUGGCUGUCGAGGCCGUUACACUCCUUGGACAGGGACGGGGUCGUAGGCACGUCACAAGGGUGCACAUCGAGUUGACAGGCCCCACGGAGGUCAAAUUGUGA